UGUCCAGCUCAUAAUAUGGUGUGGAAUAGUAUAUACCCUACAGAUUUUAUACUUUUCAGAAUGAGUAUGAUGCCUCUGGGGGCAUUCCUUCUUUCUGCUCUGUGUUUCCUGGGGACCGUAAUUCCACCAGGACUACAAUAUGCCUCCUUUUCACACAACUCCACCAAGUUUCUUCAUUUGGUUAUGGAUCCUGACUCUGGGACUCUCUAUCUGGGAGCAACAAACUUCCUUUUCCAGCUGACAUCCGACCUGGCGAUGGAGGAAGCCGUUUCCACGGGGCCUUUUUAUGAUAGUAAGGAUUGCCUCCCUCCUGUCACCAUGGAGAACUGUCCCCUGGCCCAGAAGACAGACAACUACAACAAGCUCUUGUUAGUCAAUUCGCUGGAGAAGGAGCUCAUCGUGUGUGGCAGUGUGUGGCAGGGGAUCUGUGAGAAGAGGAGGCUUGGCUCUAUUAAAAAUGUCCUCUUCCAACCUCAGACACCAGGAGACACUCAAUAUGUGGCAGCAAAUGACCCCAAUAUUUCCACUGUGGGGCUAGUUGGGUACUCGAAAGACAAUGUACCGCUUCUCUUUGUGGGCCGAGGGUAUACUAGUCGAGGAGUCGGAGGGAGCAUUCCCCCCAUUACAACGCGGAAUCUUAGGGCCCAUCCGGGAGAAGUGCCAGGGCCAGAUUCUCACCCCAUCUUCUCCUAUGAGGAAACAGCAAAACUGGCCGUGGGCCGGCUCUCGGAAUAUAACCAUCAUUUUAUCCAGUCAUUCACUCAUGGCUCCAGUGUUUACUUCUUAUUUUACCGGCGUGAUCUGAAGUCCCACUCCCGUGAGUACAGGACCUACAUUUCCAAAAUCUGCCUGGACGACUCACACUAUUACUCCUACGUGGAGCUACCUUUGCUCUGCAGGGGAAAAGAAAAGACUUACAGCCUGCUGCAGGCUGCCUAUGUUGCACAGCCAGGUGGAGAAGAAGACACUGGCGCAGCCCAAGGAGAUGUGCUUUUUGCUGCCUUUUCCGCCUGGCAAGCUUCUUCGGGGAAGCUGAGUGAGGAAUCGGCGCUCUGUAUUUAUACCAUGGAUGAAGUGGACCGCCUAACUACACAGACCAGGGACCUCUGUUACACCAAGGAUGGGAAAUCGGAGGAAGGGAUAGAGGUGGCUUAUAUCGAAUAUGACGUCAAUUCUAUCUGCGUCCAGCUGUCAGCAGACACGUUGGAUGCCUAUCCUUGUGGUUCAGAUCACACUCCAAGUCCCAUGGCCAGCCGGCUGCCACUCGAAGCUAAUGCUAUCCUGGAAAAACCAGAUUCACGUCUCACUGCUGUAGCAGUCAGCAUUGAAGAUGGUCACACUGUCAUUUUCCUGGGGGACAGCAAAGGUCAGCUGCAUAAGGCCUACCUAGGAGUGAUGGGAGACGCCCACCUCUAUGCUUCUCAGGUGAUCCAGCCCAACGGUGCCGUGAAUGGAGACCUCCUUUUUGAUCAGCCCAAGGAGCACCUUUAUGUCAUGACUCAGUCUAUGGUAUCCAAAAUUCCCAUAUUUGAAUGUUCUCAGUACUCUGACUGUGAGUCAUGUUUGGCACCAAGGGACCCAUAUUGUGGUUGGUGUGUUCUCCAAGGAAAGUGCAGCCGUCGCUCUGAAUGCUUCAGGUUCCAAGUGAGUGAGCAGUGGCUGUGGGGUUUUAACUCAGCCCAGCAGUGUCUGUCUGUCCAGUCAGUGACUCCAGCCAGCAUCAGCAGAGAAGUACAGAAAAAUAUAUUCUUGACUCUUUCGGAUUUGCCAGCCCUGCAAGAUGGAGAGUCCUCAUGCUUCUUUGAAGACUAUGAAAGCCCAGCAGCGAUGGGAUCAGGCAUCAUGUGUCCCUCACCAGAUCCCAGCCAUGCACCAAUUUUGAAAGCAGGAACAGACCACAUAACCAUUCAGCUGGGUGGUACGCUUUCGUAGCGUUUCAUUGCUUCAACAGCAUUCUCUUUCUAUGAUGGCAUGGCAGUGGCGUCUCUGAGGAAAUUGGCACCAUGCCAGGGGUGUGUGAGCAGCCAUUGGGGGUGUAACUGGUGUGUCCAUCAACAUCUCUGCACUCAUAAAACCAUCUGUGAGGAAGGAGCCAUUAUCACAAUGAAAAGGUUUGCUCAUAUAUCAAGCUUCAGUGCAUUUCCACCCUCAGCCACUCCAUAUACAGCAGAAUUUCCAUCAUCUUCUCCAACUAUAGCUACUGAGCCCCCUCUCCUCACAUUUACACCUGUGGCUACUUCCACCCCCAGUCCUACCACCGAAACAGUUAUCCCUUCCACUACUCCACCAACAACUUCUAUCAGGACUACCCUGCAGCCAGAAACCCUUGGUCCUACACAUGUGCUCUCCACAGUCACCGAUGCUGGCACCACGCUGGAGGCAACCACAGGCUCUCUGACACUGGGUCCAACUGAAGUGCCUGCUACUACUAGAACUACCUCUGAGCCUACCUCUAGCAGCCAGCCAGAGACAUCUGUCGCUGUGACACACAUUACCUCAGAACCAGUCAUUGAACCCAAAGACUGGUCAACUGUUUCUUCUUUGACUACCCCUCAUAAUGCAUUGCCAACUACUGUGGAGGCACUAACACCUUUCCCAGAUACAGAAAACUCCACAACGCCAUCUCCCAUCCCAGUGGAGCCCACAUCUGCUCUACCAACUCCUUUCAACCCCAAUCAGACAGAAAACGCUUCCAUCUCUUCCUCUGACCUACCACCAGGAGAUCUGGAGACUGAUGAACCUCUUUCCAACUUAGACCCAACUAUGGGCCUUCAAGACUGGCUACCUCCUGAGGAUAGCACCGAAUCAGUGGGUUCACUGGCACCAGAGAAUGACACAUCCUCCAUCUCUGCCUCCAUCCUUCUUUCAGGUGAUGGAGACUCCUCAGAGAGUGAUAGCUCUGAUUUCCCCAGAAUACUGAACCAGGGACUAGACUAUCAGUAUGAUGCUCCUGGAUUUCUAGACAUGAAUGAGGAGUUCAACUGGGGACCAGAAGCAUGCCCCUGUGUGAGGGGAAUUCAGGGGUCUUCUCUGAUGCCAGUCAAUGUGCAGAGGAAGAUAACACUGAUAGGGAGAAACUUUCAUCUCUAUCAGGAUCAGCUCUGGGACUAUGAAUGUGCCUUGGUUCUGGAGGGGAAGACCUUGGUGGUAGAGGCUUAUAUUGAACAGGAUGAAAACAACCCAGCCAUUUGCUAUAUCACCUGCCAGCUACAUCAGUACAGCUACUCAGCCCCCCAACUUGAAUUCAGCGCAGUGAUAUUUGUGCAAAGAAAGAAGCGUCUCCGUGUGGACAGCGUAGAAGAUCUUCAUGUGACCCUCUACAAUUGCUCUGUGGGACACUUGGAUUGCAGCCGCUGCCAAACCGCAGAUGCCAAGUAUAACUGUGUGUGGUGUGGAGGGGAGCAGCCCAGCUGUCUGUUCCAGGACUCCUGUAAAGAAGAGGUCGCAGGCGUAUGCCCAGCCCCCCUCAUUCAUGCUGUUUAUCCUUUAACUGGGCUGACAGAAGGUGGCACCAGAAUCACCAUCACUGGCUCGAACCUUGGUCAGAAGCACCAAGAUAUUGCAGAGACAGUCACUGUGGCAGGAAUCCCCUGUGCGGUUGAUGCUCUGGUGUAUGAGAUUUCCAGCAGUAUCGUAUGCACCACGGGCGGAAGUGGCACAGAGAGGUCCGGGCAUGUGGUCGUGGAGGUUCCCGGAGGAGGACAGGGAGUCUCUGCUCAUGUGUUCACAUACCAGGACCCGGAGCUGAAAUCUAUUUCUCCAUCCCGAGGUCCCAAGGCUGGAGGGACCUGCCUGACACUGAAGGGCUCCAAGCUCCUGACAGGAAACCCCAGCAAAAUCAGCAUUCUGAUCGGAACCUUCCCUUGUUACAUUCUUUCUGAAAUGCAGGAGGAUGCACUGCAGUGUCUAACAAGUCCAAGUAAUGCAUCUGUAACACUUCCGGUCACAAUCAAGUAUGGGGAUCAAGAACGGAGACUGGAACAUUCCCUCUUCAAGUAUACUCUGGACCCCAACAUCACAUAUGCAGAACCAGCCAAGAGUUACCACAGUGGAGGAAGAGUGAUCCGAGUUCACGGACAUAACCUUGAUGUUGUGCAGCAGCCCAGAAUCCGGGUAAUGGUUUCACCACCGGAGCGCCGACGCCGGGGCCUAAGAAGAUGGCGUAGAAUUAUUCAUGAGACAGAAUGUCUGAAUAAUGCUAUCUGCAGUGUCCAAUCACUUGAAGAGCCCUGUGAUGUUAACUCCUCCCAUCUCAUCCUGUGCAAAACACCAGCCAUUCAACAGCAGCCCCACUCCGUCCAAGUAAAACUGGAGUUUGUCCUGGAUAAUCUCAUCUUUGAUUUUAACUCCUUGCAUCCAAAUGGCUUCUCCUAUGAGGUGGACCCCAUCCUGAAGCCACUCAACACAGAGGAUCAAAGCAAACCCUAUCGUCACAAGCCUGGAAGUGUCAUCUCAGUGGAGGGGGAAAAUCUGGACUUGGCUAUUAGCAAAGAAGAAGUGAAAGCCAUGAUCGGAGUAGGAAUAUGUUCAGUAAAGACCCUCACAAAGAACCACCUCUAUUGUGAACCUCCCCCUGAGCAACCAGCACCUCAGCAUCGAGCCAAGCGGGAAGGCACAGACUCCUUGCCAGAGUUCACAGUCCAGAUGGGGAAUAUGAACUUUUCGCUGGGUCGGGUGCAAUAUGACACAGAAAGUCAGCUCAACUUUCCUCUGGAAGCCCAGAUCAGUUUGGGUGUCGGUGCCUCCUUCGUUGCUUUCAUUGUGCUCAUCAUCGUCUUCAUAUACAGGAGGAAGAGCAAACAGGCCCUGAAGGACUACAAGAAGGUUCAGAUCCAGCUGGAAAAUCUGGAAACAAGUGUCCGGGACCGAUGCAAAAAAGAAUUCACAGACCUCAUGACAGAAAUGAUGGAUCUUACCAGUGACUUAGUUGGGACUGGGAUUCCAUUCUUGGAUUACAAAACCUAUGCUGAACGCAUCUUCUUCCCUGGUCACCGUGAGUCGCCAUUACAAAGGGAUCUGGAUGUGCCAGAAUCUCGGAGACAGACGGUUGAACAGGGCCUGGUGCAGCUCUCCAAUCUCCUCAACAGCAAGCUCUUUCUUACCAAGUUUAUCCACACCUUGGAAAUCCAGCGCACAUUCUCUCCAAGAGAUCGGGCCUAUGUUGCAUCGCUUCUCACAGUCUCGUUGCAUGGGAAACUUGAGUACUUCACAGACAUCCUCAAGACACUCCUGAAUGACUUGGUGGAGCAGUAUGUAGCCAAGAAUCCUAAGCUGAUGCUGAGAAGGACAGAAACAGUGGUUGAAAAGUUGCUGACCAACUGGAUGUCCAUCUGCCUCUAUGCAUUUGUAAGGGACUCUGUUGGUGAGCCCCUCUAUAUGCUCUUCCGAGGGAUCAAGCACCAGGUGGACAAGGGGCCAGUGGACUGGGUAACAGGGAAAGCUAAAUACACCUUGAACGACAACCGCCUUCUCCGAGAGGACCUGGAAUAUCGCACACUGACACUGACCGUCUUGGCUCAAGCUGGGAGCACAGUGGGAGGCACAGAAGGUGCCCAGGGAGUUUUGGUGAAGGGUUUAGACUGUGACACAAUCACCCAGGUGAAAGAGAAGAUCCUUGACCAGAUUUACAAAGGGACACCUUACUGCCAUCGACCAGACCCGGACACUCUUGACCUGGAAUGGAGAUCAGGGCUGGCAGGGCACCUCAUUCUCUCUGAUGAGGAUGUGACUUCAGUUGUCCAGGGCAAUUGGAAGCGUCUCAACACGCUACAACACUACAAGGUGCCUGAUGGAGCCACUGUUGCCCUUGUUCCUCGUAUGACCAAGCACCUUCCCAGGGAGAAUCACGAUUACAUCCCUGGAGAGAAGACUCCAAUGCUGGAAGAUGCUGAUGAAGGUGGGAUGAAGCUUUGGCAUCUUGUGAAGCCCACUGAGGAGCCUGAGCUGCCAAAACAUCGGCGAGGGAGCCUGCGGGAGCGAGAGAGAGCCAAGGCCAUCCCAGAAAUCUAUCUAACCCGCCUCCUUUCCAUGAAGGGAACACUGCAAAAAUUUGUGGAUGACUUGUUCCAAGUGAUCCUCAGUACCAGCCGUCCUGUGCCACUUGCUGUGAAGUAUUUCUUUGACCUGCUGGAUGAACAGGCAUUGAAUCAUGGAAUCACAGACACAGAGACCAUCCAUAUUUGGAAGACAAAUAGCCUACCCUUGAGGUUCUGGAUCAACAUAAUCAAGAACCCCCAGUUUGUAUUUGAUGUGCAGACGUCAGAUAAUGUGGAUGCUGUGCUGCUGGUCAUUGCUCAAACUUUCAUGGACUCCUGCACCCUUGCUGAUCACAAACUGGGCCGGGAUUCCCCAAUUAACAAGCUGCUCUAUGCCCGUGACAUUCCACGCUAUAAGCAGAUGGUAGAACGGUACUAUGCAGAUAUUCGUCAAACCAUCUCUGCCAGUGACCAGGAGAUGAAUUCUGCCCUGGCUGAGCUGUCACGAAAUUACUCAGGUGAACUCAAUUCCUUGGUGGCUCUGCAUGAACUCUACAAAUACAUCAACAAGUACUAUGACCAGAUCAUUACAGCAUUGGAAGAGGAUCCAACGGCCCAGAAGAUGCAGCUGGGGUAUCGCCUGCAGCAGAUUGCCGCAGCAGUGGAGAACAAAGUCACUGACUUGUGAUGUGCACAGGGCAGGAGGGACAGUCAGCUGAAGUGGAGGGGGCCAGACAGCCUCCUACUGCAAUCAGGACCAGGCGCUCCACACUGUGGCAGAAAGAGGAAGCAGCAGUGGACCAGGAAAUGCUGAGCACAAGGGGCCAAGUGUGCCAGUGGACUCUCUUUCUUUGUCUUUUUUUACAGACUUUCUAAAAAUAAUAAAGGUAAUGGUGAUAACAACAAACAUUAUUUGGGGGGAAGCUUCCCUAAAUGGAACCUGGGCUCCCUCUGGAUGAGCCGAGCCAAGCAGCCAGGAGGCCAGAUUUUGAGAAUGGGCCAUGAGACCAGCUUUAGCCAUGCGAGAUGGUGGAUCUUCACAACCCUGCCCUACAGCCUGAAGCCACGGAGAAACCCACAGCAGGCAAGGACCUGAACGUAUUGAGCUGGGAUCCUGUGGGAGAAAAUACCCCUCUCCUGGCUAAGUAGCAGAGAAGAAUGCCCAUCUGUCUGCCCUGCCCUUGGAGAAUCUCUCUUGUGGCAUCCAGUGGCACUUCCUUUCUUCUGCCAGCAUCGUUGCUUCAAAGAAGGCUAGGACAAGCCCAAAGGAACAGGCUGUGAAAGGAAGAGCUGGCCUGCAACUCAAAAUUUCCUGGGGCUUUCAUCAACCCGUCAAGGUGGUCUGUGAAGUCCCCUUCCCGCUUCCAGUACAUGCGCUUGGUUCCCCUCCCCAACAAUGUAGCACAUGAAUGUGCAACUGGUUCUCCAGGCAGAGCCGUUGCCCACCGUCCUGUUCCCAGAAAGCACAAAGGAAGCCCUGCUUCUCUCCGGCUGCCUCACAUUCUCCAUUUUCUACUGCUUUGUAGAUUGCACUGUAGACUUGGGGCAGGAGGGAGGAGUAUUUAAGUGCAAGUUUUAAUCCUCUCCCCCCCCCUCUCCUUUUGGGUUAGCACUUCUCCUCCAGCAAAAACCCACUUUCAUGAAAUUACUUCCUCCCACACACUCACUUUGAACAGUCUAGAGCUUGAAAAAGUUUUUCUGGAAUACAGUUUCCAGAAUUCCCCCCACUAGCCAUUGUGGUAGCGGAUUCUGAGAGUUGUAAUCCAAACAGUAGCUUCCUCAAGCUCUUCCCAUGUCCCCCAUGGGGGCUUUCUUUACUCUGCCAGAAGUAACUCAGAUUUUUUACACCAGUUGUUUGUAGUCCUGACUUUUGGAGUCUGAGAGUGAAAUCCCUCUCUCCCAUGGCAGCCUUUACUACUUCUAUGUCUGUAGCUGAAGUUGUCAAUUUUUUACUAGCCUUUUUCCAGCCUCUUUUGCCACUGAGAGAAGCUUGACCUACAGGGAGCAUUGAUUGUUUUUAAUGUUAAUCUCCAUGCCAUGAAAAAUAUAAUCUGAUGGUUACUGUAGAUCAUCAAUCUGCUACUGACAGGAGCAAGCCAGGUGGGUUUCUUUUAGUUAAAGCUGAAAAUGGGCCCAUACAGACAGGCCAAAAUAAAGCUGCUUUGGGUCACUUUGGAGGUAUGAUGUUUGAAUGAUACACACAUCUU